AUUUAAUUCAGGAAUUCAAAAUUUGAAUCCGCCGGAUAGAUCUAACCCAAGUUGCUCAAGUAACUCAAGCCCAGCGAUUUAUCCGGUAUUUAGAAAAACAUUCAGCGGAGUAAAAAAACACAACUGCUAUAUUAGCUGUCAUUGGAAACCGCGGUUAACUAACCACGGUCAAUUCGCCUGCACGAAGCGGGGAGGGUUUCAUUUGCCCUUUUUUCGUGUAUAUAUAAUCCCUUGAGGCCGGCCGGUUUGCUCAUCUGUAAUUAGAGAGGCGUCUUGAUAAACGCCGAUCUUAAUUUCUCUAGCAUUUCCUUCCAUUUCUUCUGCAAUUUUGAAUAGCCUGCUUUCUGUCUCAACAAAUCUCGAAGAUGAGGGAGUGCAUUUCAAUCCACAUCGGUCAAGCUGGUAUCCAGGUCGGAAAUGCCUGCUGGGAACUUUACUGCCUCGAGCAUGGUAUUCAGCCGGAUGGCAACAUGCCUGGUGACAAGACAAUUGGAGGAGGUGAUGAUGCAUUCAACACCUUCUUCAGUGAAACUGGAGCUGGCAAGCAUGUCCCGCGUGCUGUGUUUGUAGAUCUGGAGCCGACUGUCAUUGAUGAAGUUAGGACUGGAACCUACAGACAGCUUUUUCACCCCGAGCAGCUGAUCAGCGGUAAGGAGGAUGCUGCCAACAACUUUGCCCGUGGUCAUUAUACCAUUGGGAAAGAGAUUGUUGACCUCUGCCUGGAUCGCAUCCGCAAACUUGCUGAUAAC